GACUCAAUUAAAAUUUUGUGGGAGGGACCCAUUUGUUGAAUUAUAGCCUAGAAUGUCAAUUUUCUUGUUACAUGAUAAAACCUAAGCCACUGGUGUGAAAUAUUUGCAUUCUUGAUAAAGAUUUGAUUUUUACAAAAGCCCAUAAAAUUUCACAAUUACAAAACCCAGGAAGAAAAACAGAUUAGUUGGAGAGAGAUAGAGGAAAUGGUGGCCAUGGAAACUGCCAUUUGUGGUAGAGUUGCUAUUUCCCCUCAUCAAAUCUUUCAGAACAAAUCAGGGGAUAAAUAUCUUUACAAGAAAUGCGCGAAUCGGAGCAAUUUUAUGGCAAUGUCAGCAACAGGAGUUGGGAAAGGGGGUGGGGUAAUGGACAAGCCAGUCAUUGAGAAGACGACCCCAGGCCGUGAAUCAGAGUUUGACGUAAGGAAAUCAAAGAAAAUGGCUCCACCAUAUCGGGUGAUGCUGCAUAAUGACAACUACAACAAGAGGGAGUAUGUUGUGCAAGUGCUGAUGAAGGUUAUCCCUGGAAUGACAGUGGACAUUGCUGUCAAUGUUAUGCAGGAGGCACAUCACAAUGGCUUGGCAGUUGUAAUCAUCUGUGAUCAAGUAGAUGCUGAAGAUCAUUGCAUGCAGCUUAGAGGUAAUGGUCUUCAGAGCUCAAUUGAACCUGCAAGUGGAGGCUGUUAAUUGCAUUUCAGCAUUCUGUGGCUAGUUAUAAUCUAUAUGUAAAAUUAAGAAGCUAGGAUCAUGGUUAUAUAUAUGUAUAUAGGAGCACAACUGUUUGAACCUUAUUUGCUAUGGUUAGAAAGAAAAAAUAUAUGAAUGAGAAAAGCACAGAUAUGGCCUGUUAAACCAGAUAGUUGGUGAAUUUACCAUGCUAAACCACAGAGUCUAUUUCUUGUUCAUUAUGUUAAUAUCAAUUAAGUGUUGCAGCUA